GUCAGCGAACAGCAUUAAACUGAGCUGAGAACGUCAAGAUUUCCUUUUCUGAAAACUCUGAAACACAAAGACACGGACCGAUCCUGAGACCUGUCUGUUGACAUAAAAAUGGACUUUAAAAUAAUGCUAGCUUUGACAACUGCGGCUUUUUUCGCCUGUCUGAAAUACGCAGUGGCCGGUGGUCUUCCCUCAGCCGCGGAGGAUCUUGCAGCUGAGCCGAAUGUCAAUCAAACAUUGCUGGAGUUUACAUCGCUGACACCACUCCGUUUCAAACGACAGAGCCCCCUGUUUCUUCGUUGCAAGCGCCACAGCCGUGCACAGCUGAUUCGAAAACUGAACGGACUGGGCAAUCAACGAGGGGCAAGUUAUGGCGGCUUCAAUCGACGUUUCAUGGCUCUAACGUGGAAGGCAGCUCGAAAAUUCCCAAACCUUGUCACAACCGUGAGCACUUCUCCACUUAACAACUCCAUUAUCAACAAUCUCCCCCUUAAUGCUCCUACAAAAGCGAGUACACUGACGUCACGCACCGACUGUCACGCAACGGAGAAUGGACUACUGCGCAUGUGCAGUACCUGCCCUGCUGUCACCUUCUUGGGUCACGAUAGGAUACCUUCCUUCAUCAACGAGGUCAAAUGCGGACAAGCAAUGUGUUCACACGGAGUGUUUGGCCAAUGUCAAACAGCGACAAUGCUUCAGCAAUUUCUUUACAAGACAGGACGAUGUAAUCCAGUCACUGGAUAUGAAGAAUUAUUGCCCUAUACCCAACCAAUACGCGUGUGUUGUGAGUGCAUGGUCUUCCCUAUCGGUUAA